AUGAAAGCUCUGAUAAUCAGCUUCUUGGUUUGGCGCCGCUGUUCGACCUACGGCUUCGGUAUCCAAAGUCCCUCUGGUUGUCGACCAAUAUAUGCUAUCAAGGAAACUAUUCCAACGGGUCGAAUCUUUCUGGACAUCGGUUUCGGUCAAGAUACAUCUAGCAAGAACCAUUCGCAAGCACUAACGCCUUCGCCUCCCUUAAAAAUACCGCUAUCGAUACCCCAAGCACCGCAAGAUCUCAACAUAUUUGACAAUGCCACCAACAUUUCCGAAAAUUGCCUGAAGUUGCGCGUGGGCGGACCAGCCAAUACCUCGGCAGAUGCCAAAAUUACCCGUCAUGGUUUGGAAAUAUAG